AUGAGCGUCCCAGACUUCUCCGCACUCCAUUGCCCACCGCGCCGUCCUGCCAUGGUAUCGUCGGAGAAAGCCCCACUUCGUCAAUGGAAUGUCGAACACAACGUAACCCGCCCUACCCCUCAUAGUCCCAAUAUUCAUCCUUGCUUUGACUCAUUCUCUGGUAUUUACACGGUAGCUCUCGAUGGUUUAUACACCCUUGUUGUUCAGCUCAUCCCCAUCGGUGCCGCCCGAUAUGCUCAUUCCUCUCCAGUUCGUCGUGCAUGGGUUGACUACGUUGUCCGCGUCCAGGAACCCCCUGCUCCCGACACCAAACCCGACGAUACCAUAGAAAGUGAGUACUACGAUGUCGGCUCGGUAAAUUUUGCUCAAGUCGUUCAUCUGAAAAAGGGCACCUCGGUUACAUGCUUGAAAAUGCCUAGCUGCGCCGCCUCCGAAUGUGUCCGUCUCAAGGUUGAACUUCUUCAGAGAAAGAGGAAGCGUCCUGCUCCCCCAGAGCUUACCAAAAAAGAGAUGAAGAAGAGGAAAAAGAUCAAGAGAAUAGCAGAGUCUGCUGCUGCAUCCCUCAACUCGCUUCCGAAUGGCAAUACCCUCAGCCCCCAGACCUACCAUGGCAAGACAGAAACUUCAGCAUCUCGCGACUCAAGCGACGACGACGAUGAUGACAGUGACUGGUCCCAUGGAUUUGAGAGUGACACCACCGCCGAUGACCUGCCACAUUCCAACCGCGGUGUUGGGCGUCUCGCAAAGCGAUUCAAAGCCGCAGCACGUGCUCAUCCUUCCUCGACUUGA